AUGCCUGCUUUCUCGGCGAUCAACCUCGAGCCCGAGGAGAACAUUGACGAGGAGGUCGACAACACCAAGCAGAUUCAGGUCGAGGAUGCCCUGAAGCUGUUCCAGACAGCUCUAAAGCUACAUGCGCAAGGAGCCCGCUCCCACGACGAAGCCAACGAUGCCUACAAUAACCUCUUCAACUCCGAGAUCUUCAAGUACCCAGAGGCCUCGACAGAGUACGAGCGCGCCGAAGCACAGCCCGAUCCCCUGCUUGCAUUGGAAUCGUCCCUCGUUGGUGGCCUCGAUGUCACCGGCGCUGACCCGGACGGCUCCGGCAGCAGCUUACCACAGGCCCUAUACCUGUCAUUCAAAAACCAUGGGCAGUUCCUAUUAGAUGGCAUACGAUACAAAGCACGCGCCUCACCAGAGGGACCAGCGGCUGUAUUCGACGACCCGGAGGUAGUCGAUGAGGCGCUCAAUGCGCUUGAGGACUUCAACGCAGCGCUGGAUCGAGACCCCUCAGAUGCGGAUCUUUGGAGGAAGACCGCACGAGUGGCUGCAUUCUUGAAGAGCGCUCGCAUCGGUCGAUACUGCCUGGAGGCAGCCAUCGAGCUCGACGACGACCCAGCGGUGGUAGAAGUGGAGCCACCUUCUCUCGCUGAGGGCUUCGCUGGGCAGCAGCUUAAAGCCCAAUUGGAAGUUCUUGGUGAUGAGACGGCUUUGUCUCACCCGAUUAUGGGCCCCUUUACUAGGAGAGAGCUGUCGGCAGCUCUCAAGCGAUACCUUGAUCCUUUACCCUGGCUUCCAAACCCUACCAAGAACCUGGCCAUCCCCAAGCCAGCAUCGAAGGACAUCAGCCUGGCUCGAUUUGUAGUUGAGGUCUCGAACCCUUCUUGGGCUGAUCUGGGAAUGGCGCUCGUUCAAUUUGUCAACGAGCAGGGACUCUCGGGCCAGGCUCUGGUGCUUGAUAUCCCAGACAUUCCAGAUGAGGAUGAAGUGCUCCAAAUGGAGAUUGAUAAGCAGCUUGCGUCUAAGUAUGCCGAGAAUGCCACAGCAGCAUCUCCCCAGGAGCUUUCGGAUCAUGCAUCUCAAGACUUGACCAUCACGGCUGCAGGUAUAGACGACAGCAAGCAGGUCAAGGAUUCCACGGCUGAAGAGGAACCUACCCCGGCUACUACGGGCAAGGAUGAUCCCCAGAAGGACACGGAAAAGGGUUCCCAAAAGGAUCGCAGUGCUUCCCUCCCAUCUCGGAAACGGUCGCAGUCUGCUGCGGGCCUUCAGGAAGCCGCAGAAGAAGAGAACGGCGAGACAAAGAGGAGCAAGCGAACUCGUCGGAGAGAUACUGCUGCUGAGGAAGUUGUGGAUCCAAAUGCUGCCUUCAUCAGCCAGCUUGAGCCUCUGCAGGCUGCAGACAAGGCUCUGUUCGAGAUGACCAAGGACAUACUCGAGAAUAUCGGAGUCACGGAUCGGUCAACAAUGGAUGCCUUGACAAAUACCCUCGAGUUUUUCAAGGCCAGCGACCGGACAACAAUCAAACUUCAGGAUCCCGUGUCACUCGAUCUUCGAGAGGCAAUCACUUCUUUCAAUGACCAGAACGCCAAAAUCCUCCUAAACAAGAAGGACGCACCUGCUCUUGGACUCAACGCCUUUCUUGAGCAUACAAAGGGUCCGCAAAAGGGAGGACCCGAAACACCGAGCUUCGACGAAAUUCACGGCUUGAAGGCCUUCGUGCGCAAGAUCAAUGAUGACUGGAUGACCAUCCAGGAUGUUGGUUACGAGUGGAUCUGUGCCCUCUCCAAGACGUACCUGCGUCUCAAAUGGUCCGACCACAUGAAAAGGUCCGUUGUUCAACUCAUUAGUAGGCUUGAUGAAGCGAUAUAUCAACGGGUAUUCUGCGAACUCGACCGCUUGCAAGGCGAGGAUGGCGCUGCGUCCAAAUCGCACGACCUGGAGCUUCUAGUGCAAAUGCUGUAUGAGCUUUACCUGGACGUCUAUGAACGGAUCACCAAUCCAAACAGCGUGGUAGACUACGCAAUACGUGCCGAAACCCAGGCCCGACUGAGCAGAUGGCAGGAUCUGGCCUCACAUGUACGACGCCUGUUCUCGCGGGAUGCUGACGAUGACUUGUCAAUCCGCUUUGUUUGGGCCUCGGUCUUCUCCACCACCCUUCCAAGCGACACCUCGAGGGAACACAUCCUGAGCUGUUGGGGAAGUGUCCGGGACUUUCUCGCGGAUAUGCCACAGCGCGAGAUUUCGCUGCCAAAUAAUGCGAUCAUGCCAGAGAUAUCUGCCAAGGCCGCCGAACUGGAGAUCAGCAAGCUCACGACGAUGGAUUUCUUCCUCGGACUCUUCCAAGAAGAGAUUGGCGACCCUGUCACGGUCAUCGAUACACUUGAACCUGUUCUCAAUCCUGACUCCGUCUACGUAAAAACCAACAAGGAGUCGCCUAACAGCGACGCGAAUGGAGAUACCAAUAAGCAACGAGUGGCCAAGAAGCCAAUCACCGAGUGUGCCAGCCAGGGUCUGCGCGACCUUUGGAAGUUUCUGGAGCGGAGCACCACGGAUCUCAGGCUGUUUGUUUGGGGCCGGUUGGGCGAUGCCUACCACGCCAUCAAGUACCCGACUAAGCAAUUCUCAUGCUUCUUGCGUAGCAUUGAGAUGAUCAUUGCAGACCUAAGUGGCGGAGAGCUCACCAGUGCUUCUCCAGAGGCACGGAGGCAGAUGUUCAUGCAGAUAUUCAAAUCGUUGGACGACCUGAUCAUCAACGCUCUCAGCUUGGCACUGAAUGACAAUACCGCAUUUGACAUCAUCGAGGAAGAGCACAUACGAUCCACCGCCUCCGUAUUGGCCAAGCUCAACUGCAUACUGCACGUAGCAGCUAUGUACGAAGACGAAGUUCGAAUCGGAUAUUCCCAACCCGCAGCUACUGGUUCAACGUUCCAGUCAUUCUUACUCAAGUUGCGGGAGAUGCAGGUUCGGGUCUGGUCGCUGCAGUACACCGUACUCAAAGUCGGCAUGCAUCAACAUAAGGGGACUUUCAAGACCCUGGAGACUGAUCUGGCCGAGUACCUUGCUGCCAUUCAUCAGGUCUUAGGCUUGCGCAAGUACUGCAAAUUCUCAAACAAGAUCUUCCUCAAGAUGAUGAGAGUUGAGCUGCUGAAACAAAAGAACAUCGAGAACUGGGAGGACUAUCUGGGACAAGUUCUGUACGAUCUGAAUGGCCUGAAGCUCGGUGCUGGUAUUUGGGAGGUCCAAGAACACGGCUGCCCCCCUGAGAAGCUGGAGAGGAAGAGCGCACUGAACUUGGUGGAAAAGAUUAUGGAUCUGGCAAACCGCAUGCCGAUGAAAGAUCUGCUCAAAUCCGACCUGAAGAAUACGAUUGAGCACAUGCAGCAGUCGAUGGGCACGACCAAGUCAACUACACAGAUGAUCUACAACUUGAGAUACUUUACGGAGCAACUCAAGAAGCCAAUCCACCCGAUGCGUCUGUAUCAAGCCUGGAGGGGUUGCGUGGCCUUGGACGCUGCUGCCGCCGUGACUCCCGACACCGUCUUGGCGACUCACGGCUGGUUCUUCCUACUGGGAAUGAUCGCCUUGAGUAGAUUCAAGACGGUGGACCUCAAUCGUCGCCAGACACCGGGAGCCACGGAUGACCUGCGACUGGGCGCCCAGUAUCUGAGAUUUCAGCUGCAGCUAACACCAGACCGCUGGGAUACCUGGUUUAGACUCGCCGAAUGCUUUGACUACGAACUGGACGAAGCUGUGCUAUGGAGCGCCGAGAAGAUCAACAAGGACCGGGGUGAGCUAGUUAAGCUUCAGCGCAACAUCAUCCACUGCUACACUCUCGCUUUGUCAUUUUCUCACUCGGCGCUGUACAGCCUGAGCGAGAACGACAAGGAGGCACUGACCGACAUGUACCACAACUUUGGCAUGAGGAUGUACGCUUCGAGCAGGGAGCCCUUCGCCAUGGAGCCUUUCGCACAUGCCGACCAGGAGCGAUUCUUCAUCGAAGUCAUGGGAACGGGGACGUACAAGAAGAUUCUGCAUGUGGAGAUGAGCGACUACAAAGUCUGGAAAUUCGCAGCUGGCUUGUUCUCUAGGGCGAUCCGCUACCGUCCUAAAGAUUGGAAGAACCACUACAUGCUGUCCAAGUGCAUCUGGAAGAUGUAUCAGAAGUCAGAUGAUCUUUUAGAUGAUUUGGACAAGCGAACAAAGCCGACAGUGGAUAGGGUGAUCGAAGCCCUCGAGUCCGCUGUCGAGAUCGUCGCUCUCCUACCAAAGCCCCGCUCGGGCCAGGAUCCCGUGCUGGAACCGCAUUACAAGAUCUUCUCGAUCCUCUACAAGCUUGUCACGCGCAAGCAACUGGAUCCGCAGCGCGCUACAGACAUACUGCAACGGCAGCCGUUCGCGAUCCAACAGGGUGAGCACAUCGAUAUCAAGGAUGCCGAUGACUGGGAGGCAUUUGCCAUCAAGACCAUCCGGCAUCUGAAGGACAAGGACAAGUCCAAUUGGCAGCAUCGUCUGAUCAUCCGGCAUGCACGUAUACUUUACGACACUGACGAACCGACGGAUGGGGCGGAGAGCAGGCCUGUCUCUGACAGCGAUGUUGUCCAGGCCACCGCUGCAUUCUCUGUCCUCAAAGAGUCCAUGUUCACCAAGACAAUGGUAAUGAACGUCUGGAAAUGCGACGCCGAGCGACCCGGACGACAUCACGUCUACACCGAGCAAUAUGUGAGGCUAAUGACGCGCUUACUGCUUGUGAUGAAUGACCGUGCCAACAUGGAAGCCCUGCUGCGUAGGAUCCGCAAGAAGGGGGCAGACUUUUAUCACUUUAACGACCUAUGGCAGAACUGCGUCAUGCUCUAUGUCAAGCUGCUCAGGCAGACUUACGAAAUCAAGGCGACCGAAGAGGAGGUGUUCAAGAAUACAAGCCUCGAAGAGUUCGAGAUUAUGUCGGAGCGCAUUACUGAGUGGGUCGGCAAGACGGACAUGGAGCACAAGGCCCUGAACGCGAUGAAGGAUGCGAUUGAGCUCAAGAAACUCAACGGCGGCUUGACAAAGGCCGGCGCGGUUGACGAUCUUAUCGCCGACUGCUAUGGGAUCCUUUACUUUGAGAUCGGCCCUACGCUACCGGGUGAAGAACCGAGCAAGAUCAUCGAGGACCGCAGCCGCGCCGCGAAAGCCGAGGCAGAGAAAGCCGCGGCGGACAAGGAGGCCGAGGCCGGCCUGGAGAUACCGAAGGUGCUCCAGAAUCUCCUCAAUCCUGGGGACAAGGAGAACAUUUCGAGAGCGGGAUCCGAGGCGCCGGACAAGCCCGGCGAGCCUACCAUUCGGCGUGGACGACUUGGCCUGCGACGUCCGGACAUUACGCGCAAGGCCGAACAGGCCGUCAUGCGCAUCGCCGAGCCCCCAAAGUCGGCGGUGGCCACGUCGGCGCGCGGCGAGGGCCGCAAGUCGCGGAUGGGUUCUGCGUCGAGCAGCCGGAACAGGCGCACACCCAACGGCGGCGAGGCCCAAGACCACUACAGCAAUGCCGAGGAGGAAGGGGACAAGGACGGCGAUGUCGCGAUGAAGGACGGCGAUGCCGAAGAAGCAGCGCAGAACGGCGAUGGAGACGAGGAGGAGGAGGAUGGCGGCGCGAGCGCUAUGUCUUCGCCGCCGCCCGGCAGCGUGCACGACUCUGCGGACGACGAGAGCGAUCUUAGCGAUGUCCCGCCCGACUACGAGGACAAUGCGCCGGCGCUCUUCCCGAAUCUGCGCAGGAGUAUCGAGGCUUCUGUUGCGCGGGACGAUGAGAGCGGUGCGGAGGACACGGUCCCGGAGAGCUCGAGCCCGGCUCCAGUUGAAGACGGAGACGCAGAUGGAGAUGGCAACGAGGGUGAGGAUGAGCCUGACGAGGGCCAAGACUCGGAGGGCCAGGAAGAUGCACAUGAGGAACCAGAGGAGCAGCAAGAGGAGCGGGAGUAG